UGGCUGCCCGCCUCCCCUUCCGCCGCCUGCUCCGCCCCGGUUGCUGCGGAGCGGGGCAGCGCCAGGUGGGACCCGCCGUGUCCCUGUGCCCCCGGGCUGCCUUCCCGGCAAAGCGCCUUCGUCUCUUGGGCUCGCCAGGGGCCUAGGCUUUAGGCAGUUUUCGGCAUGGCAGUGGACUGGCUCGGCUUUGGCUACGCCGCCCUGGUGGCAUCAGGAGGGAUCAUUGGCUAUGCCAAAGCAGGUAGUGUUCCAUCACUAGCUGCUGGCCUUUUCUUUGGGAGUUUGGCUGGACUGGGUGCUUAUCAGGUCUCACAGAAUCCAAAUAACAUUUGGGUUUCUCUGAUUACAUCUGGAGCACUGACUGCUGUCAUGGGAACAAGAUUUUACCACUCCAGAAAAUUCAUGCCUGCAGGGCUAAUUGCUGGUGUCAGUUUGCUAAUGGUUGGAAGAUUAGCACUGAAGAUGUUGGAAAAGCCCCAGGAAAAGUAACUGUUAAUUUUACAUCUUAGUAUUUGGAAAAGGAAACGUGGUCAUGGAAUUGCAUGAAUGCAGAAGUGAGAAGAUGGAAAAAUUUUCUGCAUCAAGACAUUUUUUAAUCUUUUUUUGUAAGUGGGAAUACAAUAAUGGGACAGAUAGUUAUUAUACGAGGUAGAGCUGUUUGUGUAUAGAGAGAAAUGGGUCCUGGCUUUGAUUUUUCUGGUAUGUUUCAAUGUAUUUUAACAUUUCCAUGUUUUUAUAUUCCAAAAUAUACUUCUGACAUGUAUGAAGCAGAUAGAAAAUAUCCUGUAAUUAAGAAAAUAUCUACAAAGAGGCACCAGGAGUAACUGGCUAAAUACAGUAGUGUGUCUCAAACCUUUUACACUGAGUAUUAUGGUGUGCUUUACCUGUUGCAUUCUGAAUUGAUAUACCAUGUCUUUAUAAUGUCCAACAGAUCUUGCUUUUUUAUUGUGAAAUGAUGCUUUUCUAUAAGUAAAAUUUGUUACAAACCUUGA